UUUAUAUAGUUGUAACACUCUAGACAACUUUUUUCCCCGGAAAUGUUGACAUUUAAUAAUUUGACACCUAUUAGGUACAGUCUCAAAAAUUAGUUAAACCGGUAGAAUUGUAUUAAAAGAUUUUUUCUUCUAAAUGAUCGUUGUGUUGUAAACUGGAUAGUUUAAAGGUGUGCUGCUUGUGAAUGCAAUUUAAAUCCUAACACUUUGCCAAAACACAGUUCGUCAUAAUCCCGUACUGGUUUAACCUCGGCCAGCAUAAAUAAUACUUUUUGCUGAAACUUCCAGGCUUGGAAUGUCAUGUCAGUGCAAGAAUUUUAAAACAGCAAAUCAUUUUUACAAAUCAUUAAAUGAACUGCUCUGAUGAGGAAUGUUCAUAGCAAUUAUUUUGGAUAAGGUAUUUUUAUUAUUUCAAUAAAUAUAAUUAUGAAUCAUUGGUGUAGUAAAUAACUAAAGAGGUUUUGUGUUAAUGCUGUGAUGCACACACAGAUAAAUACAAUAAAAUGAAUACAUUUACACCUUUGUGCAGUGGCAUGUUGUGGUUUGUUGACAGAAUUGGAAACAUGUUAGAAAUGCUAUGUUUUCAUUGUAUAUAGGCAAUUACAUCAGUCUGCUGCCUGACAAACUCUGGAGCUUAACCAGGGCUUGGAGACAAACACGAGGCGUCGUGUGUUUAUAUAAAAACAAUGAAUAUUAUAUGUUAUGGAAGACACUGAAGACAGUGACGGCAGGGCGAGACACCUCUCUCCGCCCUCUCGACUCAUUUAGCCCGUAUUUCUGGUUAUGCGCUGUUGUGUGCGUUUAUUCCAGCCCAGCCUGCAGUGCUCGCCGUGCAAGAUGGCCGCGGGUGAGAGCAACAGCCGCUCCGCUUGUUUAAACCCGCCCAAUUCGGGCUCGUUGGGCAACGCUCGGCCGAGCAACGGCGCUCAUUCGGUGCCCGUCAGCAACCUGGGCUCAGGGUCUGCAGGGUCCGCGGGGAACGCUGAUCCCCAGGCGCCUGGCCUAGACCGCGACACAGCGCUGGUGUCCGCGAGCACCGGGAGCGCGCAGAAUCCUCCGCGGCAGCCCGCGCCUCACAAUACGGCAAGCAGGGACGCCGCGCGCGCCGCCUCCAACAUGAACACGGCGGCCACGUCGGCGUCCAGCGCGGCGGCGGCAUCUUCAUCAUCCUCAUCGUCCUCAUCAUCUUCAGCUUCUUCUUCAUCAUCAUCAUGUGCGGGCGCGUCCGCAGUCUCGGCCUCUGUCCCCGGCAGCCCAGCCUCAGUGCUCGUGUACCGCGAACCCGUUUACAACUGGCAGGCGACGAAAAGCACGGUGAAAGAAAGGUUCGCGUUUCUGUUCAACAACGAGGUGCUGAGCGACGUCCAUUUUUUGGUGGGGAAGGGGAUGGGAGUGCAGCGCAUUCCUGCGCACAGAUUUGCCCUCGCCGUUGGGAGCGCAGUGUUUGAUGCCAUGUUUAACGGCGGCAUGGCCACCACCUCCACCGAGAUCGAGCUUCCCGACGUGGAACCAGCUGCCUUUCUGGCCCUCCUUAAGUUUUUGUACUCUGAUGAGGUUCAAAUUGGGCCAGAGACGGUGAUGACCACGUUGUACACUGCAAAAAAAUAUGCAGUGCCUGCGCUUGAGGCGCAUUGUGUCGAGUUCCUGAAGAAGAACCUACGAGCUGACAAUGCUUUUAUGUUGCUUACCCAGGCACGACUCUUUGACGAGCCACAACUUGCCAGCCUUUGCCUUGAAAACAUAGACAAGAACACUGCAGAUGCACUUGCUGCGGAAGGAUUUACUGACAUUGACCUUGAUACAUUGGUGGCAGUAUUGGAGAGGGACACACUUGGUGUGCGGGAGGUGCGUCUGUUUGGAGCAGCAGUGCGUUGGGCUGAUGCUGAAGCUCAGAGGCAGCAACUGCAGCCUACACCAGAGAACAAGAGGCGAGUGCUGGGCAAAGCCCUCGGCCUCAUCCGCUUCCCCCUUAUGACCAUAGAAGAGUUUGCAGCAGGUCCAGCUCAGUCAGGAAUACUAACAGACCGAGAAGUGGUCAGCCUGUUCCUGCACUUUACCGUUAACCCUAAACCUCAUGUGGAGUUUAUUGAUCGUCCACGCUGUUGUCUACGUGGAAAGGAGUGCAGCAUCACCCGCUUUGGGCAGGUGGAGAGCCGCUGGGGAUACAGUGGGACCAGUGACCGAAUUCGGUUUUCUGUCAAUCGCAGAAUAUUUGUGGUGGGAUUUGGGCUUUAUGGCUCCAUACAUGGUCCAACUGACUAUCAAGUCAACAUCCAGAUCAUUCAUACAGACAGCAACACCAUCUUGGGGCAGAAUGACACUGGUUUCAGCUGCGAUGGAACGGGUAAUACCUUCCGUGUGAUGUUUAAAGAACCUGUGGAGAUUCUGCCUAGUGUCAACUACAUUGCCUGUGCAACACUUAAGGGACCAGACUCCCAUUACGGAACAAAGGGUAUGCGGAAAGUCACUCAUGAAGCUCCAGCUACAGGCACCAAGACCUGCUUUACCUUCUGCUAUGCUGCUGGCAACAACAAUGGCACUUCAGUAGAAGAUGGACAAAUUCCCGAGCUCAUCUUCUACACAUAAUGAAGGAUAUCGAAUUGUUUGAUGUGUGGACUCCAUCACUACUCAUUACUCUUUCAGUGAAAUGCUCUGGUGUACACAUCAGCAACCAAAGUUUUUUUUUUUGUUGGUCUGAGCAUGAGAAAACUACAACAUACCCACGUGUUCAUUGGGUAUGGAUUUGUUUUUCUACCUGUGUAGCACCUAAUUGUAUAAGGCUGAAGAUAUGACCAAAUUGUGACAUCUGGUUGGUCAGAUGCAGUCAGUAGAGCUUUAUGACUCAGCUUCUUGUCAGUUUAGUUAAACGGGUUAGAACUGGGUCCACAUCUUGACUCUAUUAAUAGAGGUUCUGAGUUGCACUGAUGCACUUUUGACCCAGAUGCAAUUGCAAAAUGUACUUGGGCAAAAUACACUACAUUUGUUUAAAAUACAGACUGUUAAGAGUUUGAGGCAUAUAAAAAAUAAAAAACAUUGGUGCAAAAGUAAGUUUACAAGGAAUCCUGUUGAAUUGUAAAUGCCCUAGAUAAUCUUCAGUACAAAUUCUGACAGCACUUGCAUUCAAAAUGCUAUUAUUUUGAACUGAAUGGGGAUGUCCUAAAUGAAUGUAUAUCUACUUGCAAAUCUGUACUGCUUCAUCAUUGUAAGUGUUGUAAAUAUGUCAUGAAUGUUCAAUUAAAGUCUACAUUUGUGUGCUUUUA